UACCAUGGCUCUUCCAGGAGUUGGCUGUCUAUUUUACUUUUCAUAUAAUUAUUAGUUACCUCUUAAUAUCUGCAAAUUUAAAAGAAUUGUUGCAUCUAUUGAAUUUUGGACUGUAUGAACGGCCUUUUAGAACUACAUAUUUCCCGAAUAAGUAAGUCCUGGAAGUUUAAGAGAACGGGCCUAGCAAGAUAUAACUCUAUGUACAGUACAUUAAAACAAAUGUAAGGAUUUUGGAGGGCACCACCCUGCAGAUACCAUAAUACAAACUCGAACUUUCCCAAGUUUCUGGAGACCCAGUAAAAGAGGAAUGGUGCAGCAGAACCUGGUAAAAAUAAGGAAGUGUCUGUUUUUGAAAGCCAUGUAAUCAUUUCACCCAGUGAGAGAACUCCAAGCAAAUGUUUUUGGCCUGUUCUUACCUCUGAAACUGGGUGUGUGCAUGCAAAUACCAAGCUCUCUGCUGGCGCUUACAGUACAGUAUUUGAAUCAAGCCUAGCAAUUCCUGUAGCUACCCUAUCUUCAGUCUGUUGGGAGACAGGCCUUUGAACAUGUCUUUUCAAUAUUCAUGAACUAGAUGUUGGCAUCUGGUAAAGAAGAAUCUAUAAACCUUUUUAUGCUUAAAGCUUCUAAUACCGUACUUUUAAACACAAUUUCACACAUCCUUUUCUAAAGUAUUAACGUGACCAUUCCCCUAUGCCUUAAUUAUGCAUAUUUUAAACCAAGACUCAGAUAGUGCUUUCGGUGGAGUUAGAAAAUUUCAGAAACAGUUGAGGGAAACAAAAACAAUGCAUUACAAAUUCUUGUGUUGGCUGUCUUAUUCCAUCUAGCUUACUUGCCAACUUAUUUAUUUAUAGGCCGCCUUUCUUCAGAUAAGGGGACCUUAGUUCUCCUACGGAUUGUUCACCCAUCUCCCGCACGUGUUUUCUCUAGAGUAAAUCCUAUGGACUGAAGCGGAGCACACUCCCAUCUCCCCCUUUGCCCAGAGUAGGAUUUUCCUUGAGGAGGUAGGCACUGGCGGUUACUGGAAAAAAAGGUCCCAGGAUUUCCCGUUAUUUUACUUUUGUUACUGUGGUUCGCAGAAGGCUGUCUCUGCGAAGAAAGGGCAUUUCUACAACUGUACUUUCCAUCAUUGCUCCUAGCCCAAAUUCCUCCUUUUACGGCUCUCAGACCGCUUCGCACUCAAAGCGCAGGUCCCACGUCCCAGUUCUUCUGCACUUUUCAUGCCAGCCUGUUCCAAAGGCAGAAACCAGUCUGGUACGCCCUUCCCUUUCAUCCUCUAGGCUAGGAAGCCCCAUGAAGGAACAUCACGCGGACGCUUCAGGUUGGUAGAAAACCACCAAGCGGCACCCCAACAGCCAGAGGGUCUACCUUGCUCUGUUUCACCAGACAUUUUGCAGGGCCAAUGAGCACCUUGAGCGGGGUAGGCGGGACUAUUCCUUUCCCCACGAAUAGAACGAGACCCGCUCAUUAACCUGCCCCCUUUUGAUCUUUGUCGACACAGAUACCAGUUGCCCCGCCCCUUCUUUUCCUCUUCCUGCCCCCCAAAAGGAACGUCUCCUCUUCUGACCAAUGGGAAGUUCUUCACAGUCUUGAUGGACUUUCCCUACUUCCAACAGGAGCUCGGAAGUAGCCCAAGACUUGUUCCCGCCCCCCCUAGGAGGAGGAGGAGGUGGCCGCCUCCCUUCCCAGGCGGGCGAAGAAGGCCGCGGUUAUCGAUCCCGCUGCUGGUAGAGGGAGGAGGAAGCAAGAGCAGCAGAGAAAAUGGCGGCCGUGGCUGCGACUGCAGCGGUGCCGGGUGAUGGGGGAGCCGGCGAGGCCGAGCCCAUUCCGGGCAGCGAGGCCGGCGCAGACCCUCUCCCUGCCGGCACUCAGGCCGCCGUGGAGUCUGCGGUCCUCGAAGCCAGGGAAGAGCCCGAACCAGCUCCAGGUGGAGAGGCCGAAGAGCCGUCGCCGCCGCCGCCGCCACCACCCAGGAGCCCCGCAGGAACCCGAGAGCUGCCGCAGGCCCAGCCCAGCCCCGUGGGAGAGCCGCCUCAGCCCUGCUCCCUCACGGCGGGACUCUCGGAGCUUCGCGAGGCGGACAAAGAGGAGGCAGCCCCGCCGCCCUGCUCGCCGCUCUUGCCGUCGCCGCCGCCUGCAGCUGGGGGCCCCGCGAGGCCGGAGCAGCCCGGGGAGGAGCCGCCCCGGCCGGAGGAGGAGGAGCCGGAUGCUGCUGUUGCUGCUGUCGCCGCCGCCGCCACCACCACCACCACUCCCAGCCCCGCCGUCAUGAAGCAGCCGGAGGUUCCCCCGACGGUAGAGCCGGCCGUGGCCGGGACAGGGGAAGAGGCGCUGUUGCUACCGGGCUCGGAGGUUCUGGUCACCCUGGACCACAUCAUCGAGGACGCGCUGGUGGUGUCUUUCCGGUUCGGGGAAAAACUCUUCUCCGGGGUCCUCAUGGACCUCUCCAAAAGGUUUGGACCCCAUGGAAUCCCUGUGACCAUAUUUCCCAAAAGAGAGUACAAGGAUAAACCAGAAGCAAUGCAGCUCCAAAGUAAAACAUUCCAAGAUGAGACACAGGUGAAGUGUGAAGCCAAUGGUGUAGCUACAGACUCUUCUCCCAUCCAGCCAUCAGAACCUAGCCUGGCUAAAAGUUUGUGGACUUCCAAACCACCUCCUCUCUUCCAUGAAGGAGCACCGUAUCCUCCUCCUUUGUUUAUCAGGGACACAUAUAACCAGUCAAUACCUCAGCCUCCACCUCGGAAAAUUAAAAGGCCCAAGCGGAAAAUGUACAGGGAGGAACCCACUUCUAUUAUGAAUGCUAUCAAACUACGACCCAGACAGGUCUUGUGUGACAAAUGUAAGAACAGUAUUGUUGCAGAAAAAAAAGAAAUUAAGAAGGGCAGCAAUGCAAGUGACUCCUCAAGGUAUGAGGAUAGUAGAAAACGAAGAAAUGAGAGUGUAACUACUGUGAAUAAAAAAAUUAAAACUGAUCAUAAAGUUGAUGGGAAAAGCCAAAAUGAGAGCCAGAAAAAGAAUUCUGUGGUUAAAGUUGCAAAUAUUACUCACAGCAGAAGCAGAGUUGUCAAAGUUCCCACUCAAGCAAAUACAUCGAAAACACAGUUAAAUACUAAAAAAGUUCUUCAGAGCAAAAACAUGGAUCAUGCAAAAGCUCGGGAAGUGUUGAAAAUAGCCAAAGAGAAGGCACAAAAGAAACAGAGUGCAACGUCUACUUCCAAAAAUGCACAUUCAAAGGUCCACUUCACGCGGCGUCUUCAGAACACCAGCUCAGGUUCCCUGCCCCCACGAUUACGUCUAAAGCCUCAAAGGUACCGAAAUGAAGAAAACGACUCUUCUCUCAAGACAGGGCUUGAGAAAUUGCAGAGUGGCAAGAUGGCAGCUAAGCCCCAGUCUCGCUGCUCCUCCACCCGCACAGCAGGUGAGGCCCCUUCAGAAAACCAGAGCCCCUCAGAAGGCCCCGAAGAGGCCAGCAGUGAGGUUCAGGACACAAGUGAAGUGCAUGUACCUGUUGAUCAGGAUGAACAGCAGACACUGGGCAAGAGAGGCAGCAAAAGCAAUAUAACGGUUUACAUGACCCUUAAUAAAAAGAAAUCUGACUCUUCCAGUGCAUCAGUGUGUAGUAGUGAUAGCACAGAUGACUUGAAGUCCACCAACUCUGAGUGUAGCACUACUGAAAGCUUUGAUUUUCCUCCAGGCAGCAUGCAUGCACCUUCUUCCUCCUCCUCUUCCUCCUCCUCGUCCUCUUCGAAGGAAGAGAAAAAGCUCAGUAAUUCCUUGAAAAUGAAAGUCUUUUCAAAAAAUGUCUCUAAAUGUGUUACACCAGAUGGCAGGACCAUAUGUGUAGGAGACAUUGUUUGGGCCAAGAUAUAUGGCUUCCCAUGGUGGCCAGCCCGCAUUCUUACUAUAACUGUGAGCCGAAAAGAUAAUGGCCUUUUAGUUCGACAGGAAGCUCGUAUUUCAUGGUUUGGGUCCCCAACAACAUCUUUCCUUGCUCUUUCGCAGCUCUCCCCUUUUUUAGAAAACUUUCAGUCGCGAUUUAAUAAGAAGAGAAAAGGUCUUUACCGCAAGGCCAUUACAGAAGCAGCCAAGGCUGCUAAGCAGCUAACUCCUGAAGUUCGGGCCCUGCUGACACAGUUCGAAACAUGAACAUGAAAAGUAAGGUAGGCAAGAAAUGUGGAGGCUCCUUGAAAUGUAAAGCCUAGUAAAAUACCCUGAAGGACUUGGCCAAUUAAACACAAAAAUUGCACUCAGUUGGCUGCUUUUUUUAUACUGAAAUUUCCAUUUGUAGCAAUGUCUUGACUGAAAGUUCCACUUAAAAGGAUUGUACAUGCAAUCAAAUUAACCUAAAGUGAGAUCUCAGUAUUUUUCAAAAGGACUCUUAAAAUUUUUUGUAGAAGUUAAAAAUUCCCCUGAUCACCCCCAUGCACAGGAGCCAUAACCUCAGCUGAAGAGCAGUUUAUUUGCAGGGAAUUUUUACUAGUUUCUACCCACUAUAUAUAUAAUUUCAGUGUGUGGAGAAUGGUGGGGGUGGGAGGAGCAGUUUACCCAAGCAAUGGAAGUUAUAGAUAUGACCUGCAGGGGCACCUCAAAUGCAGGGGCCCAAGGUCCCGUGCAAGCCUUGAACUCUUCUUGUAAUGUUUUGACCCCAAACUAAUGCUUGCAGUGUGAGUGGGCCCAAAGAGUUCCGUCAGUGGCUAAACACACUUUGAUUUCCACUGGUCACUUUACAUUCUGUCAGAAACCAGUCUAAUCUGAAUGCGGCUAGAAUCAUAUAAUCACUAGUAAAAGGGUCUUGGCAGUCACUUUUUUCCAUACAGUUAUACUAUGCACCCAGGGAUAGAAGUAUAGACUUUGGGUCUUGACAAAGUUAAAAUGAAGUCAGUUGCUUGCAGGCAGGUUUGGAUAGUCCCUCCUUUUUUGGGAUCAAGGGCUGUUAAUGCUGCAGUAGGUGUUAAUCAUAAUUUCCUAUCUGGGGGUGGGGGUGGGGGCUCCUAGGACAAUUGUCCAGUUUAGCUUGAUUAAAUUUGUGUUGUGUAAAUAAUUGGUCAGAUUCCCCCCACCCCACCCCAACAACUUGUUCUUAAAUUCUUAGGAUACGUCCCAGUAAAUUACACUUUGUGAACUGUCAGAUGUGUAAUUGUUGCAUUUGGAUGUACCGAACUGCAUUUUUUAAGAAAAAUAUUUCCGUUCAAAGGUAUCUGUUUGCAGGUCAGAAAAUAUGGAAAAUGUAAUUGUAAUGCUCUGAAAUGUACAAAAAAUUGUAAAUAAAAAUUGACUAAAUCUAA